AUGUUCCGCUCUCUCCUCACUCCCAAACCUAAACCCCGCCGCCCUCCUCACCCUGCUUUCUCUUCUCUCAUUCCCUCACCUCACCACAGCGAACCAUCUCACCUCCACAUCCAAACCCCACCCCCACCCCCACAUUCCACUUCAACCUACGCCCAUCUCCUCAAUCACUUCAAUCACUCCCUCUCCCAAAACGAAGCCCAAACCUUUCAUUUACAAAUCCUCAAACACGGCUUCACCCGAGACCUCUUCUUAUGCAACACCCUCAUCAACGUCUACGUCAGAAUCAACUCUUUCUCCAAUGCACGCAAGCUGUUCGACGAAAUGCCUCACAAGAGCUCCGUCACCUGGGCCUGCCUCAUUUCCGGGUACGCCCGCGGCGGAAUGUCGGAAGAGGCCUGCGGGCAGUUUAAACGGAUGAUUUGGGAAGGUUUCGUGCCGAGUGUGUAUGCUUUUGGGAGUGUUCUUAGGGCCUGCCAGGAGUUGGGUCCUGGCAGGCUCAAGUUUGGGAUGCAGGUUCAUGGAAUGCUGUCAAAAACGCACGACUCUGAUGUGUUGUUAGGUAAUGUGGUGAUGACUAUGUAUGGGAGGUGUUUGGGUUCUGCUUAUGAUGCUUACCGCGCUUUUUGUGAGACCAAGGUUAGGAAUUUAGUGUCUUGGAAUUCGAUUAUUUCGGUUUAUUGUCAGAGAGGGGAUGCAGUGUCUGCUUAUGAGCUUUUUUCGGAGAUGCAGAAGGAUGGUGCGGGGUUGGAUUUGCGGCCGAAUGAGUAUACUUUCGGGAGCUUAGUGCCUGCGUGUUGUAAUUUGGUUGAUUCUGGUUUGGUUUUGCUGCAGCAGAUGCUGAGCAGGGUCUGCAAAGCUGGAUUUUUGCAGGAUUUGUAUGUGGGGAGUGCUUUGGUUAGUGGGUUUGCGAGGGUUGGGUUGAUUGAUUAUGCAAGGAAGAUUUUUGAGCAGAUGGGUGAGAGGAAUGUAGUUUCAAUGAAUGGUUUGAUGGUUGGACUGGUGAGGCAGAAGCGAGGAGAAGAAGCCGCUAGAGUUUUUAUGGAGAUGCAGGAGUUGGUUGGAAUGAAUGCUGAUUCGCUUGUGGUUCUUUUAAGUUCUUUUGCUGAAUUUUCUGUGUUAGAGGAAGGAAAAAGAAGGGGAAGAGAGGUUCAUGCAUGUGUAAUUGUGAGUGGCUUGAUUCACAGCAAGGUUGCUGUAGAGAAUGGGCUUGUUAAUAUGUAUGCCAAAUGUGGUGCUAUUAAUGAUGCUUGUUCAGUUUUCAGGGUCAUGAAAGAAAAAGAAUUAAUCUCGUGGAACACUCUGAUCUCUGGUCUUGACCAGAACGAGUGUUUUGAAGAUGCAGUCCUCAAGUUCUGUGAAAUGAGAAGAUCGAAGUUGAUGCCUUCAAUUUUUACAUUGAUUAGUGCUCUGAGUUCAUGUUCAAGCUUGGAGUGGAUCAAGAUGGGACAGCAAAUACAUUGUGAAGCCCUAAAAUUGGGUCUUGAUUUGGAUGUUUCAGUUUCAAAUGCUCUUCUUGCAUUGUAUUCCAACACAGGGUGUCUUAAUGAAUCUCGGAAAGUUUUUUUCUUGAUGCCGGAGUAUGACCAAGUGUCAUGGAAUUCUAUAGUUGGGGCUUUAGCUAGUUCAGAGGCUUCAGGUUCGGAAGCCGUAGAAUAUUUAUUGGAAAUGAUGCGAUCUGGAUGGGAACUUAAUAGAGUAACAUUUAUUAGCAUUCUUUCAGCUGUUGCAUCUCUCUCACUUCGUGAGCUAGGACAGCAGAUUCAUGCGGUAGUAUUAAAAUACAAUGCUGCCAAGGACUGUGCUAUUGAGAAUGCGCUUAUUGCUUGCUAUGGAAAGUGCGGAUAUAUAGAUGACUGUGAGAAGAUAUUUUCUAGAAUGCCUGACAGAAGGGAUGAAGUAAGUUGGAAUUCCAUGAUUUCUGGAUACAUUCAUAAUGAGCUCUUGCCUAAGGCCAUGGAUUUGGUCUGGUUUAUGAUGCAGAAGGGUCACAAAUUAGACUCUUUUACUUUUGCUACUGUUCUGAGUGCUUGUGCCUCAGUCGCAACAUUAGAGCGUGGGAUGGAAGUUCAUGCAUGUGCUAUAAGAUCUUGUUUGGAAGCUGAUGUUGUAGUUGGGAGUGCACUAGUCGACAUGUACUCAAAGUGUGGAAGGAUUGAUUAUGCUUCAAGAUUCUUCAAGUUGAUGCCAGUAAGAAAUGUGUAUUCCUGGAAUUCGUUAAUAUCUGGAUAUGCUCGCAAUGGAGAUGGACAGAAUGCUCUGAGGAUUUUCACACAAAUGGAGCAACAAGAUCAGCCACCAGAUCAUGUUACCUUUGUUGGGGUCCUAUCAGCUUGUAGCCAUGCAGGGCUCGUGGAUGAAGGGUUUCAGCGUUUCAAUUCUAUGAGUAAAGUACAUGGAUUGGCGCCCAGGAUGGAGCACUAUUCAUGUAUGGUUGAUCUUCUUGGAAGGGCAGGAAAACAAAAUAUGAUAGAGGACUUCAUCAAAAAGAUGCCAAUGAAGCCUAAUGUUCUUAUUUGGAGAACAGUUUUAGGGGCUUGUUGCCGAGCAAAUGGCCGUAACACAGAGCUAGGCAGGAUGGCAGGUGAAAUGCUUUUGGAGUUGGAACCCGAAAAUGCUGUGAAUUACGUGCUUCUUGCUAACAUGUAUGCCUCUGGUGGGAAGUGGGAUGAUGUGGCCAAAGCUAGGAUGACUAUGAGGAAGGCAGCAGUGAAGAAGGAAGCUGGGUGCAGUUGGGUCACAAUGAAAGAUGGAGUUCAUGUUUUUGUAGCGGGAGACAAAUUACACCCAGAGAAGGAUUUGAUAUAUGAAAAACUGAAGGAACUUAACAAGAAAAUGAGGGAUGCUGGAUAUGUGCCUGAAACGAAGUUUGCACUAUACGAUCUUGAAUUGGAAAACAAGGAAGAACUGCUGAGCUUUCACAGUGAAAAGCUUGCAGUUGCUUUUGUUCUUACUCGCCAGUCACAGUUGCCUAUAAGGAUUAUGAAAAAUCUUCGGGUUUGUGGUGACUGCCACUCUGCCUUCAAAUACAUAUCAAAGAUUGUUGACAGGAAAAUAGUAUUGCGAGAUUCAAGCAGAUUUCAUCACUUUGCAGAUGGCAAGUGUUCUUGUGGUGAUUUCUGGUAACGGAAUUGUUAUCACUUUGUAUCGAGCGGGAGUUUGAUCAUGGUAUAUAACGCCAUAGGCAUUGAUGCAAGAUAUGCGACACUUCACUGAAACAGCUGAACAGUGCGUAACUACACCAAACUAGCCUGCAAUCUCCUGCUGGAUGUCAACACAAUACAAAGGUCUCCAAUUCUCCAUGUCAGAAAAUUGGCAGUACUCACGCAGGCCCUUCCUAAAAUCCAAGAGCUCCUCCCUAUAUAAAUUCAGCACACCACAACGCUUAACAA